AUGUUCUCUCACCUGGUCACUGCUGCGAAGGGUCUAUUUACGCGAGAGGAGUCUCAAGACACAUCUGCAGAUUCUGCCAGCGACAUCGCAACCAAUUGCAACAUGGUCUCCGCCACCAGACAAGGCGUUGUUGCCAAUGAAGUUGAGAAGCCCAAGGCCAAUAGCGUCUUGAAGGCCGGUAAACGCAAAACACAAACCACUGCCACAGAAAAGCCCGACAACAAGCAGAGCAAGAGGAGGAAAAGAGAUAGCCUGGAAGCCGCAGAUGCUAACAGCGACGACGAUUCGGAGGAGUUGAAGGGUCACAAAAAGCAGAAGUCAUCCAUUGCCGCGCCAAAGGCACACUUUCGAUUUGAUAGCGAGGAGCCUGCCAUGCCGGAGAUCACACGGUCUGAGAUUCCCGCGGCACCUCAGGACAAUGAUGAGGAUUCAGAUAGCGACGAUGAUGCGCCUGAGAUGAUCGACAACUCCGCGCAGCUCCUUAAGAUCAAGGACCAGGCAAAGAAACAGGAGAAGCUGAAGCAACAAGAGGAACAACUGAAGAGAGAAAAGCGGAGGAAGCUCGACGAGCGCCGAAAGUUGCAAGCGAAGUCUAAGCCCAAGGAAAUUGUCUCAAGCGAUGACCUUCUUUCCGAAAGCACGGCUACACUUCAAGGCUCGAUCACACAGGACGCCCGUCGCGCCGCCCUUCCGGCCUUGCUUCCCGAUGAUAUCCUAAACGCCGAGCCUGUUCUUCGCCCCCUCACACCCCCGGCCGAGGACUCAAUGGCGCCCAAGAAGCCGACCAAGUUGAGAUUUUUGGAGAAGUCUGAGAAGCCUCCGAAGGAUGUACGGGCUGGAGAUGUCACCAUUCGCGUGCUUGAUGCACCAUCCACGAAGAAGAGCUCCAAGCCUGCAUUGGCUCCCAAGGCCUCCAAGGCCGGUCGGAAUGUGAGGCAGAGUUGGCUCAAGAGAGAGCGAAGCACCGCAAAGGUUAAUGGUCUGCGGAUGACAGCGGGCGGUCCAUCCAAAUUUACGCGCCGUUAG